AUGUUCAAUGCGGCUCCUGAUACACCGUCUCCAGUCUACCCGGAUCGCUUAAUUCGUCCUCUUCCCAGGCGGACGCUCCGCUCUCGCCUGUCUACCGAAGCGGCCGACUCGAUCCUCUUUCCCCCGGCUCCGGCAAGUCAGCUCUUCUACGGGACCUCGGUGGAUAGUGUGGACCUGGUCAAUGACACGAAAGUGUAUGUGCAACAGACUGAAGGUCGGGAUCAGAGUCCUGAGCGGGACCAGGUCCAAUACGAGAACGGAGUAGAGCUAGAGAGUGGUGAUGAGGACGGGCCUGUAGUGGUUCGACGCAGUGCCGGUUUUCACGGGUCUACCUUGUCGCCGACGGCUUCCAGUGCACAACCUCAGACCGUCCCCACCAACGGGGACCGGGCGCCCAUCAAGUCAUCCGUGGCGGGUCCGGAUGGGUACGACGCGUUUGAGAACACUAACAACAAGAAGAAACGCAAGAUCCCAACCCCCGGCAACCUUGGGAGCCAUCACUCCACACUCUCCCCCGAAUUCUCCACCAUGGGCCUGGCGAGCUCUGUUCAACCCUCCUCAGGCAGUGAAAGCAGUCAUGUGAGUACAUUCUACGGCACUGGGAGCCCCGCGUCUCCCAUAUCCAGUGGCAUGUCCGGGGCCGGCAGAGGUCGUCUCGGUCGUCAACCACAUCGCAGCACCGGGCGAAACUCUUUCUCGCUUCACUCACCCAUCAGUUGGCCUCGGACCCCGAGCCGACGUGAUGGUCUGUUGUCCUCCCCUGGAUCCGCAGGUGACUCGUCGGAAAAACGCGACCAAGGGAUCAUUUCUGCUGCCAUCGCCAAUGCCGCCGCGUCCGCGUUCGCCCCUCCACCUUCUGGGACCGGUCAUGUUAGCAUGCUGGAGCAACAAACCCCCACGCCUACCAAGGGACAAUUCACCUUCACCUGCGAGUCGGACUCCUCCAAGGGCAUGGCGCUCCAACCCCGAACCUCAUAUCCCACACACCGCUCUCCUUCAACUCUUCCGGCUCCUGUCCAGAACCAGAGGGGUGCCUCUCAAGGAACACAAACGAGUCCUCCGAUGAUGUCGCAGACUAGCGCGCAAGAUGCUUCGCAUACAUCGCAGGCACCACAAGUGGGUACGGGGGAAACUUCUGUGGCCACGAAGAAGAAGCGGUCGCCCGGCAGCAUCUAUGCUCUGGCGGCGCGGCAGCGCAAGAUUCAGCAGCAGUACUCCAAUCUCCACCAUCCGCCGAGCAUUGAGGACAUUUGGAUCUGUGAGUUUUGUGAGUACGAGGCGAUUUUUGGCCGCCCACCGGAGGCUCUCAUUCGACAAUACGAGAUCAAGGACCGCAAGGAGCGGAAGCGACUGGCAGAGAAGAAACGGCUGCUGGAGAAAGCCAAGAUGAAAGGCCGAAAAGGCAAGAAGGCGACCAAGAAUGCGACGAAGCAGGCAGCAGUCCAGCCGGCAGCGUAUGAUCAUGGAUAUGAUCAUGCCUCGGUCGAUCACUCGACCGGAGGCGCUGGCACACAGGAGGAUGAGUACGGAGGCGAGCAUGAAGACGGGGACUCCAGCACUCCACCUCUAGCUCCACCAAACGCCAAGGGCGCUUUACCCUCAAGCAAUGCGCCUAAGAUGAGCGCGCCGGGGUCGGGCGCUAAAGCGACGCUUGACGGAGGGACGCGGCCGCCCUGA